GCCCCAUUUGCUUUCUUUUUAGAAUCCUCUCAACAAUUCCGUCUUCUUCCCCUUCUGAGAUCAUGUUUUAUAUCGCUCCUAUCUCUCUCUGAUAUUUGGAGUGUUUGGAGAGCUGAGAGACUCCUUGGAUUCUCUCAGCAAUCUUCUAAAUUGGAAUCAAUCCAUGUCGUGUACGAGUGAUCCGCCGAAAUUUACGUGCCCUGUGACCCAAUCUUGGAUCCAAUUCAUCAAAGUUAGGGUUUUUCUAUGCGCCACCUAGGGUUUUCGUGAUCGAUCACAGGAUAACUUUAUCCUGCUUAAUUGUCCCCGUUUUGGAGGCCGAUUCGCCUUCGGGGUUCUCCGUGGAAGGCCUCUUCAGGUUUGGAUUCCAUGGCUUUUUACCACCCGGGCCCGGGCUCGGCGUCGAGCUCGAGCUCCGGGCACCACUUCUCGAAUUCCCCCUUCGGGGAUACGACCUACACGAAGGUCUUCGUUGGAGGGCUCGCGUGGGAGACCAAGAGCGAGACGAUGCGCCGCUACUUCGAGCAGUUCGGGGAGAUCCACGAGGCUGUCGUGAUAACUGACAAGAACACCGGGAGGUCGAAGGGCUACGGUUUCGUGACAUUUCGGGACCCAGAAUCUGCAAGAAGAGCAUGCGCAAACCCGAGCCCGGUUAUAGACGGCAGACAGGCAAAUUGCAACUUGGCUGCGCUGGGGCGGCCUCGACCUGUUUCAACUUUUGCACGCCCAAGGUCAGCUGGCUCCUACUUCGGAGGUGUUCCAGUUCCAAGAGGGACUUAUGUCGGAGGUUCCGCUCAUCACCAACCAGUUCCAUUGGGCUACCAACAAGGGUUUUCAUAUCCACAGUAUGGUUACACUACAUAUGGACCCGAAUACGUCUAUCCACAGAGUGUCUACAAUCCUUAUAUGGGGCAACAAUACUUUCAACUUUAUGGCAUUCCUGGAACUGUUAACACAGCUGUCUACCCAUUUGGGCAAUUAGGCCAGCCUAUCCCUGGUGGGCAUGGUUAUACAGCAGUUCAAGGCUACACAAUACCAGGCCAUAAUUUCGCGCAAUUCACUGGGCCAAAUGUCAAUGGAGUGACCACUGCACCUCGACCCACAAUCCAAGCACCAUAUCCAGCAGGCGUAGCAGCACCAAUCCCACCUCCACCUCACUUCUUAGUUACUGCUCAUUCUCCACAGUUUACACAGGGCAGUAGUUCAGACCAAACAGCAGGUUGAAAUGUGCAUCAGGGUGAUAACAUCUUGAGGAGGUAUCCUUAGAUUGCAGCAGGACUAAGAACAGCAGAACUGCUAUGUCAGUCACAUGCAUUCUUGCCUUGCAAGCUAUCAUCUUUGCAUUCUAGAGGUUUUACCUAGUCAUGGUCACCAGAGACACCAGUCAUCUAGUUGCUCCGAUGGAUGGAGUUAACUCAUGAGAACUCGGAUUGCUCAUCUCGCUGCUGUCAAGUGUCUGUGAAAUUUCAUGCCCUGCUGGAGUUUGUGAUGACCGGCUGAGCAUGGACUGAUGGAUCCCAAAAUUGGAUCCAACAACUUGGUAGGAUACAUUAUGGAUGCCGGAAUUGGAGUCCGAUAAUCCAUAUGGAGUAUAUUGUAAGGUCACCAUGGAAUCAAAACGAUUCUGUGGAAUUUCAAAGCUUGCAUCUAGUUGUACAGAGUCGUGUUUGUUGUGGUUCCUGGGUAGAUUGGUCUUUCAUUGUAGUAAACCAUGAUCUUGCAGAUGCAUAUCAGUGGUUGUCAGCGGACUAACAUUGGCUAGUUUUCCUAAACAGACCAGUAAUCAAAUGAAGGGCCUCAAAAACUUGCUGCUGGCUCAUAGGUUACAUGUCUGGAACUUUCAAGUCUUCUUCCCCUUUUCUCCCAAUCAAAAUUUGUGCAGUUGUGCUGUUGUGAUCUGGGGAUGCUGUGCAAAGUUAUAUCUACCAGUGUUUUGGGCUUGCCUUGAAUUGUUGGAUGGGUUCAAAUUUCAAUAAAACGGACUCCCUCGCAGAAUCUACUGCAGCUCCUGACCAAAUUGGUGCCUACGCAAGCAGGAGUCAUCUCGAGCUGUUUUCAAGCGAGAUUGAGCAACUGGAAAUCCAAAUAGUUCGUCCAUGUACAACCCUUGAUCGCCUGAAAGGCAGGGCAAAAGAAAGAAUGGACUGAUCCUGCGCUGCUGGUAUUCUGCAGCAUCUCAGUGCGCAGCCUCAACACAACACGCUUGCUGGUAGUCAACUGUGUCGGUGGUCGGUGGCGAAAUAUUAAUUUGGUCGAGGCUGUAGUCUAUAGGACUGGUGCAGCUGAACGUAUUCAUGGAUGAGAUGGCAACUAAAACGUCAGAAGAAAGGCUGACGUAUGAGUAAUCUCCAACUGCAGGUUUAAACCUUGCCCUUUUGGGAUUCUUCAAGUGAGAGAAUAUAAAUGACGAGGUAGGAUAAGUGGCUUCCGGAAGCAGAGGGUGGAGACGCCCCCCUCUGUAGUCGUUUUAGGCGAACCCCAGUUGUUCUUGUUCUAUGCCGCUUUGUCGCGAAUAAAUUUUCAGUGUUCAAUC